CAGCAAAAACCGUCUGUGCGCUUUGCUGAAUGACACCUUGUGCAGUUUAGUUUACAGUAUUGGAGUUCUACUUUUACCACAGAUAUCCAGAACUUACCUGCGGAGUUAUCUGAGUCAGUCAGCUGCAGGUGUGGAUGGAAGGCUGAUGUUUCAGACGCUGACUCGCCCACGUUGGUCAACUUGAGCAUCCAGUCCGGAAAACAGCUCUGUGGAUGCCUUAAAUCAUGAGCGUCUCGGAACCUCCGUCGAGGCAAGCCAAUGGAGUGGCCAGAUCGGACAGCAAGAUCAGCGCCAAGGCCCUCUACGAACAGCGGAAAAAGUACUCCAACUCCAAUUUUAUCAUGCACGAGACGUCGCAGUACCACGUCGAGCAUCUGUCCACGUUCAUCAUGGACAAGACAGAGUCCAUUAUCACGGUGGAUGACGCAAUCAAGAAGCUAGUUCUCUUGGAGUCAAAAGGAAAAGUCUGGACCCAGGAGAUGCUCCUGCAGGUCACCGACAAGGCGGUCAGGCUGCUGGAUUGUGAAACACAGGACGAGUUGGAAAACUUCCCUCUGCCCACCAUCCAGAUGUGUCAGACUGUGGUAAAUCAGACACGUUACCCCUCAGUGCUGCUGCUCGUGUGUCAGGACAAGGACCAGAACAAACCCGACAUCCACUUUUUCCAUUGCGACGAGGUGGAGGCUGAAAUGGUUCAUGCCGAUAUAGACAGCGCCCUCGGGGACAACAGGCAUGGAAAGAAGAUGAGGCUUCAGACUCUGAAAAUGAACCAGGAGAAAAUGAAGCGACACAGGGAGACCAUCCUCCCUCCCUCGGCCACCAAGGGCCCCCCGCCGACUCCAAAGGGACGAGUGGCAGCCGUGAACAUGCACAACGGACGAGCUUCCGGACAACAUGAAAUGGAGUCACACGAAAAACUGGCCCAGCGCAUUGAGAAGGAUGUGCAAAUCCUCAACUGUGCCCUGGAUGACAUCGAGCUGUUUGUGGCGCGGGUGCAAAAGGCGGCAGAGGCCUUUUCCCAGCUUAACCAGCGCAACAAGAGUAAGAAGAAUAAGAAGAAAGGACCAGCAGAGGGCAUGUUGACCCUGCGAGCCAAGCCCCCCUCCGAAGCAGAGUUCAUUGAUAGCCUGCAGAAACUGAAGCUGGCAUUCAACCUCGUGGCCAAACUGAAGAAGCACAUACAGAACCCAAACUCGGCGGAGCUGGUUCAUUUCCUGUUUAACCCGCUGGAGCUGGUGCUGCAGAGCUGUGGGAGUCCUGAACUGGCCCGUUCGAUCAUCUCGCCUCACCUGUCUAGAGACACUGUUGACUUCCUACGAGGACAUCUCACACCUAAAGAGAUGACCAUGUUUGAGCUGCUCGGAGACGGAUGGACCAAACCCAGAGCUGAGUGGCCCAGGGAUCAGUGUGGUCCUCCUUAUUACCCAAGGUUUCGUAACGGCUGGGAGCCGCCAGUGGAGUAUUUCAGGACGGCACCGUGGGAAACCGAGGGACCCUCUGGACCACUAGCGUCGCCCACCAGCCCCGAUUACAGGAGACACUCGCCAGAAGACUAUUAUGGAACUCAUUCCUCAAGCUCCUCGAAUGGGUCUUACAAUGGGAUGCCCCAAACCCGCAAAUAUGCCAAAAUUCGCUACUCCUUUGUAGCGCGGAAUGCCAAUGAGCUGUCAGUGCUGCAGGAUGAAAUCCUUGAGGUGAUAGAGGAUGACAAGCAGUGGUGGAAGCUACGGAAUCGCAGCGGUCAGGCCGGUUACGUCCCUUUUAACAUGCUGGACGUUGUGAAGAUUGAGGAGCCAGAAAGCCCGACAGGCUACAUGACGUCACCUCCUCGGUCUGGGGGUCUUGGAGACAGCUUCAACAAAGGUAGACCCAAAGACAAAAUGAUGGAUGAGGUCAACAAUGAACUAUUGAAGAAAAUCACUGCGAGUAAAAACCAGCCAACUAGGAAAAUCCAUAUUGAGCGGUCAACUACCAGCCAAGUACCGCUCAGUUUUGAGUCAACCCCAGCCGAGGUGGUCACGUGGCUCAACUCCAAAGGUUUCUCCAGACCGACUGUUGAAUGUUUGGGGAUCCUGACUGGAGCCCAGCUGUUUUCCCUGAACAAAGAAGAGCUCAAAGCAGUGUGUGGAGACGAAGGCAGCCGGGUCUACUUUCAGGCCACCGUGCAGAAAGAACUCAUAGAGAAUGCCAGUGGAGACUCGGAGCUGCAGGAGAUCAUGAGGCGAAGGCAGGAGAGGAUCGACUCUGGUGGCACAGACUGAAGCCACUGACCAACACAACCCAUCCAGACCUCUUCCUCUCAGCAGCCUCUGUAAUCAACCUACUGUUAAUCACCCUGCAGUAGAAAAUACUGAAUAUUGUAUAAGUUUUUAAUUGUAUAUUUAUUUUGUAUCAUGCAACGCGUAUGUAUUCAAGUGUUUUCUUAAUUAUGUCGCUUUUGUUUUCAAUGUCUCAUUAUGAAAUGUUGUUGUUCAAGAGAUUUCUGCUGAGAGGAGGAACAUGUGAGUUUAUGUACAGUUUGAUGUGUGUGCACGACAUGCAUGUAACGUACAUGCUUUGUACGACCAGCACGGUCGAUGUUCAUGCUCGUCGUUAUUAUUGCAGCUGUUUACUAAAUUGCUUGGUAAAUAUGUAGAUCUUAGCUGUUGCAUUUGUAAAUCAGUGCCAGAAUGUUUGACACAUUUUCUGAUAUAUAUAUAGCCAAUUAUUUUCAUAUUGCUGUUUACAGGAAACAUAAACAAUACAACAUGCUCUGUUACUUUUAGCAGGUAUCAUAUGUAGUCUCAUCUUGGUUGGUAAAUGCCAACCAGCAGUAAGUAUUAAUAUACUCACUCUUGCAGUUUAUAAUCAGAUUUCUGUCAUUCUGGCAAGCUUUGCAAGCAGUAAUUUUGCAUGAAGUCAUUAUCAGUAACAGUGAGUUGCUGUCAUUUAUGUGUUUUUGUUUUUUUUUAGCAGCAUGGUACUUUGCAGAAAGAAUAAGAAGCAGGAGAUAUGCUGUUCUGGUGUGAAAAAUCAAAUGAAGAUUUACAAACAUUUAAGGGGUUGUAAAUAUCUCGGGAUGCAAUGUUGAAAAAGAUGGCAAUUAAAAAAAAUAAACUUGGUAAA